GAAGUACAGAGGUACCCUGCCUCUAUGAGAAUGCUGAACACUCAGAUUAUCACCAUCACCAAAACUCGGGUACAGAUGUAUAUAAAUGCUUCCCCCAAGACAUCCACCCUGAAGAAGGCGAUUGUGGCAUAUUGAGCAGUAUAAAUGGCCAUAUAAGAACAAGAUUACAUCUGAUGUGAAGGAAACACCACUUCAGAUUUCAAGAAUGUACCAUGCUACAGAAGUGUAUUCUUAUCCAGUAAAAAUCAUUAGACUCCAUCACAAGAAAGACACAAUUCAUAAAACUGCAAUUAAGACAGUAAUCAAAUGGAAGCAAGAGGAAGAAUGUUGUCAUGGAUAUGUAAGAAACAGCAAAGGAGUGUGUCUGCCAAAUUGCAUUGGAGGCUGUCCAAAUGGCUACUGUUUGUCGCCAGGAAAAUGCAAGUGUAACACUGGCUACAUAUUAGACAGUAAAACAAAUAAAUGUAUUGUCUUCUGCCAAGGUGGUUGCAAAAAUGGUAAAUGUACAGCUCCAAAUGUGUGCACAUGCAGUAAUGGUUAUUCUAAAGAUCCAAAGAACAGCAAGAAUUGUUUAUCAAUUUGCAGUCCAUCCUGUACCAAUGGGCAAUGUACCGCACCUAAUGUAUGCACAUGUAGCAAUGGUUAUAUAAAGGACACAAAAAACAGCACAAACUGUCUACCGGUAUGCAGUCCAGCAUGUAAUCAUGGUAAAUGUACAACGCCAGAUACCUGUACUUGUUACAGUGGUUAUGCAAGGGAUCCAAUGAACAUCAAGAACUGUCUUCCAAUUUGUAAUCAUUCUUGUACCAAUGGUAAAUGUAUAGCUCCCAAUACAUGUAGAUGCAAUACUGGCUAUACAAUAAAUCUAAAUAAUACCAAAAUUUGUAUUCCACAAUGCAAUCCAUCCUGCACAAAUGGGCAAUGUACAGCUCCUGACACAUGUACAUGCAACAGAGAAUAUUCUAAAGAUCCAAAGAACAGCAAGAAUUGUCUGCCAGUUUGCAGCCAAUCAUGUAAUAAUGGGCAAUGUAUAGCUCCCAACACAUGUACAUGCAAUAGCAGUUAUUCUAAAGACCCAAAGAACAGCAAGAAUUGUCUGCCAGUUUGCAGCCAAUCAUGUAAUAAUGGGCAAUGUAUAGCUCCCAACACAUGUACAUGCAAUAGCAGUUAUUCUAAAGACCCAAAGAACAGCAAGAAUUGUCUGCCAGUUUGCAGCCAAUCAUGUAAUAAUGGGCAAUGUAUAGCUCCCAACACAUGUACAUGCAAUAGCAGUUAUUCUAAAGACCCAAAGAACAGCAAGAAUUGUCUGCCAGUUUGCAGCCAAUCAUGUAAUAAUGGGCAAUGUAUAGCUCCCAACACAUGUACAUGCAAUAGCAGUUAUUCUAAAGACCCAAAGAACAGCAAGAAUUGUCUGCCAGUUUGCAGCCAAUCAUGUAAUAAUGGGCAAUGUAUAGCUCCCAACACAUGUACAUGCAAUAGCAGUUAUUCUAAAGACCCAAAGAACAGCAAGAAUUGUCUGCCAGUUUGCAGCCAAUCAUGUAAUAAUGGGCAAUGUAUAGCUCCCAACACAUGUACAUGCAAUAGCAGUUAUUCUAAAGACCCAAAGAACAGCAAGAAUUGUCUGCCAGUUUGCAGCCAAUCAUGUAAUAAUGGGCAAUGUAUAGCUCCCAACACAUGUACAUGCAAUAGCAGUUAUUCUAAAGACCCAAAGAACAGCAAGAAUUGUCUGCCAGUUUGCAGCCCAUCAUGUAAUAAUGGGCAAUGUACAGCUCCUGACACAUGUACAUGCAAUAGCGGUUAUUCUAAAGAUCCGAAUAACAAUAAGAAUUGUCUGCCAGUUUGCAGCCCAGCCUGUACAAAUGGCAAAUGUACAGUGCGCAACACAUGUAUAUGUAAUUCUGGCUUUGUUAAGGACCCUAAAUCCAGAAGCAAAUGUCUACCAGUUUGUAAACAUGUUUGUAUAAAUGGUGACUGCACAGCUCCAAAUACAUGUACAUGUCACAUUGGGUUCACAAAGAACAAAGAAGAUUUAAAUAUAUGUAUUCCAACUUGUGCAGACGGUUGUUUAAAUGGUAACUGUACUGCACCCAAUAACUGCAGCUGUUUUCACGGUUAUAACAGAGAUAAUAUGAUCUCCAACAAAUGCUCUCCAGUUUGUAAUCCUGAAUGUAAAAAAAAUUCUGACUGCACUACUCCAAAUGUAUGUACUUGUCACAAUGGUUAUACAAAACAUAAUAAUGAUUCAAGUCAAUGUACCCCAGUCUGUGAUGCCGGUUGCAUCAAUGGAGAUUGUACAGAACCAUAUAAAUGCACCUGUCAUGCUGGUUAUACUAAGGAUAAUACGAAUCCCAGUGGGUGUGUACCAGUUUGUCCUAGAGGAUGCCAGAAUGGAAUGUGUAUUUCUCCAAACACAUGCACUUGCCAUGAAGGUUUCAUUGCUGAUAAAAGCAAAGGGUGUGUGCCUUCCUGUUCAGGAGGCUGUGUCAAUGGGAACUGCUCUGCGUUUAACAGGUGUGAUUGUUUCAUUGGAUGGUCUGGAUCAGACUGUUCAAUUUAUCAUCUGCAGGGAGAUUCAGGCCUAAGAAAUAUCACAGAAAGUGGUCACUCAAAACAUCCUUAUAUUGUGUGGUUCAUCAUUGUAUCCAUACUGGUGGUAGUAAUGAUUAUCAACCCAAUCAUAAUGAAGAUUGUAACAUGGAGGCAACAAAAAUUGAAACACAUAAAGGAGCGUGGAGUUACUGGAAGUAUAACAGACUACAGAAAUCCUAUCUUUGUGGUAGACUGUAGGAAAGAAAAACUGACUGAAAAGGCAGAAAAGAUGGCAGAAGAGGACAACGAGUCAGUGCUUUAUGAUGAUCUACCACCAGAAUACAGUGAAUCACCAGAACAUUGUAAAGAAACUUCCACAUGACAGAAUCACAAGUAGCAAUAUAAUGCUGUAUGAUGACCUGCCAAUUUAUCCUUCACACACUUUGAAAUUCUGAAUCAAUUUUGUAUAAGUAAUUUUAUAUAAAAUCUUCCCCAAGCAGUAAACAGUCA